AUGAAAGCUGUACGCUUUCAUGGCAAAGAGGACAUCAGAAUCGACACCAUACCUGUACCACAGGUCAACAAGGGACAAGUCAAGGUGAAACCGAUAUGGUGUGGUAUUUGUGGAAGUGACCUACAUGAGUUCCUCGGCGGACCAGGUCUAUGCCCGACUACUCCCCACCCAAUCACUGGAGAGACAGUGCCAUUGACAUUCGGACAUGAGUUCAGCGGUAUCGUUGAAGAGGUAGCAGACGAUGUGACUGAGUUCAAGAUUGGCGACCGGGUGUGCGUACAGCCCAUCAUCUACGAUGGCACUUGCGGCGCGUGCAAAGCUGGCUACAUCAACUGCUGUUACUCUAACGGAUUCGUGGGAUUGAGCGGCUGGGGUGGUGGUCUGUCGGAGCAUAUUGUUCUCCCGAAGUCAUGCUGCUACAAGCUUCCCGACAACGUGUCGCUGGAAGUAGGAGCACUCAUCGAGCCUCUCGCCGUCGGCUGGCACGCAGUCGAACUUAGCCCUUACAAAGACAAUGACUCCGCGCUGGUUCUUGGUGGAGGACCGAUAGGACUUGCGGUCAUCCAAGCAUUAAAGGCAAAAGGCUGCAAGAACGUCAUUGUCUCUGAAGUGUCGAGCCGGCGAAAAGAUUUUGCAAGGCACUUCGGAGCAGAUCAUAUCCUGGAUCCCACGAAAGAGGACAUCGUUCAGAGGUGUCGUGACCUGACAGAUGGCUGGGGCGUGCACGUCGCAUAUGACUGUGCAGGAGUACAAGCUGCUUUCAAGCAAGGCGUGCUUGCAGUCAGGGCCCGUGGAACCAUUGUCAACAUUGCAAUCUGGGAGAAAGAUGCGACCAUCACGCCAAACGACUUCUGCUUCAAAGAGCGCAGCUAUAUGGGCAUUGCAACUUAUGAAGGCGGCGAUUUCCAGUUGGUGUUGAACGCAAUUUCUGAAGGACGAAUGAAUCCAGAAGCCAUGAUUACGAAGAAGAUUGCGUUUGAUGAAGUUGUUGAGGGAGGAUUCAUGGAGCUUAUCAGGAACAAGGACAACACGGUCAAGAUUCUGGUACAAGCAAACAAGCUGGAGUGA